UACCAACCAGUCUAACCUUGCUCCCCUUUACUCUGCCGUUUUAGAAGAACGACAACAUAAGCUAGCGGCUGCUCUGCAUAUACGCCAUGGCAAAGGCAAUGUGCAGCUUGGGCGCCUGCCUGGCGGUGAUGCUGGUCGUCCUCGCGGCGGCGGUCGCCGGCGUCGGCUGCAGCAUCGUCUCCUACGACGGCCGGAGCCUCAUCCUCGACGGCGAGCGCCGCAUCGUCAUCUCUGGCUCCAUUCACUACCCCAGGAGCACCCCCGAGAUGUGGCCCGAUUUGAUCAAGAAGGCCAAGGAAGGCGGCCUCAAUGCUAUCGAGACAUAUGUGUUCUGGAAUGGCCAUGAGCCGCGCCGUCGUGAGUUCAACUUUGAGGGGAACUACGAUGUCGUUAGGUUCUUCAAGGAGAUCCAAAACGCCGGAAUGUACGCUAUUCUUCGUAUCGGCCCAUACAUCUGUGGUGAAUGGAACUACGGAGGUCUUCCCGUUUGGUUGCGUGAUAUCCCUGGAAUAAAGUUUAGGCUGCAUAACAAGCCUUUUGAGAAUGGAAUGGAGGCCUUCACUACACUUAUAGUUAAGAAGAUGAAGGAUGCAAACAUGUUCGCGGGGCAAGGAGGCCCAAUCAUCCUUGCUCAGAUUGAGAAUGAGUAUGGUUAUACCAUGUUGCAACCGGAAAAUAUCCAGUCUGCGCACGAAUACAUCCACUGGUGUGCGGACAUGGCAAAUAAGCAGAAUGUUGGGGUCCCAUGGAUCAUGUGCCAGCAAGACAAUGAUGUGCCACCGAAUGUGGUCAACACCUGUAAUGGAUUCUAUUGCCAUGAGUGGUUUUCAAACAGGACAAGCAUCCCUAAAAUGUGGACAGAGAACUGGACUGGCUGGUACAGAGAUUGGGAUCAGCCCGAAUUUCGUAGGCCUACUGAAGACAUUGCUUUUGCAGUUGCGAUGUUCUUCCAGAUGCGUGGUUCACUACAGAACUACUACAUGUACCAUGGUGGUACCAACUUUGGCCGCACUGCAGGAGGCCCAUAUAUUACAACAAGCUAUGAUUAUGAUGCUCCCUUGGAUGAGUAUGGUAAUCUUAGGCAGCCUAAAUAUGGCCACUUGAAGGAGCUCCACUCUGUGCUCAUGUCUAUGGAGAAGAUUCUUCUCCAUGGAGAUUACAUUGACACCAAUUACGGUGAUAAUGUCACGGUCACCAAGUACACCUUAAAUGCCACCUCUGCUUGUUUCAUCAACAACCGGUUUGAUGAUAGGGAUGUCAAUGUUACUCUUGAUGGAACCACUCACUUCUUGCCUGCUUGGUCUGUUAGCAUCUUACCGAAUUGCAAGACUGUUGCCUUUAAUAGCGCAAAGAUCAAGACGCAGACGACUGUGAUGGUAAACAAGACAAGCAUGGUGGAGCAGCAAACAGAGCACUUCAAAUGGUCAUGGAUGCCAGAGAACUUGAGGCCCUUCAUGACCGAUGAAAAGGGCAACUUUAGAAAGAAUGAGCUUUUGGAGCAGAUCGUGACGACAACCGACCAGAGCGAUUAUUUGUGGUAUAGAACAAGCCUUGAACACAAGGGGGAGGGGAGCUACGUGCUAUACGUGAACACAACUGGCCAUGAACUCUACGCAUUUGUGAAUGGAAAGCUUGUCGGUCAACAAUAUUCUCCCAAUGAGAAUUUUACCUUCCAACUCAAGUCACCGGUAAAGCUUCAUGAUGGCAAGAACUAUAUUUCUCUUCUGAGCGGGACAGUUGGUCUAAGGAACUAUGGUGGCUCAUUUGAGCUGCUUCCUGCUGGAAUUGUUGGAGGCCCAGUUAAACUUAUUGACAGCAGUGGUUCUGCGAUUGAUCUCUCCAACAACUCCUGGUCUUACAAGGCUGGUUUGGCUGGUGAGUACAGGAAGAUCUAUCUUGACAAGCCAGGCAACAAAUGGCGCAGCCAUAACAGCACCAUUCCUAUCAACAGGCCCUUCACCUGGUACAAGACCACGUUCCAAGCCCCUGCCGGCGAAGACUCUGUGGUGGUGGACCUCCAUGGGCUAAACAAGGGUGUGGCAUGGGUGAAUGGAAACAGCCUCGGACGCUACUGGCCAUCGUACGUUGCAGCAGACAUGCCCGGCUGCCACCACUGCGACUACCGUGGCGUGUUCAAGGCAGAGGUUGAAGCCCAAAAGUGCCUCACGGGUUGCGGAGAACCCUCGCAACAGCUCUACCAUGUGCCACGCUCCUUCCUCAACAAAGGGGAGCCCAACACACUCAUCCUCUUCGAGGAAGCCGGCGGCGACCCGUCGGAGGUGGCGGUCCGCACCGUGGUGGAGGGUUCCGUGUGUGCGUCUGCCGAGGUUGGUGACACUGUCACGCUGUCGUGUGGCGCGCAUGGCAGGACCAUUUCGAGUGUUGAUGUGGCUAGCUUCGGUGUGGCACGUGGCCGGUGCGGAUCCUACGACGGCGGGUGCGAGUCGAAGGUGGCUUAUGACGCAUUUGCGGCCGCGUGCGUUGGGAAGGAGUCGUGCACGGUGCUUGUCACCGAUGCGUUUGCCAAUGCUGGUUGUGUCUCUGGUGUGCUCACUGUCCAGGCCACUUGCUGAGAAAAAUCAGUGAAUUGACCACGUCCUGGAUAGUUGCUCAAUAGGUUGGUUUGUUUAGGAUAAUAAGCUAUAGGUUAACAUUCUUUUUGGUAUCAGAUCGUGGAAGACUUUUUUCCUUCAUUUUACUUUUUAUGUUGAUUUUAUGAGAUACCGCACUGUCGAUUCAAUCAAUUAAACUUUAUAAAAUCCGCAAUGAAAGGCUUUGUCCA